AGUUUAAGAACAACGUAAAUUUAUUGUCUCACAGUUCUAGAGGCUGAAAGUCUAAGAUCAACGUGUUGGUAGAGUUGGUUCCUUCUGAGGGCUGUGAGUGAAAAUCUCCACCAUGCCUCUUAUCUACCUUCUGAUGAUUUGAUGGCAAUCUUUGGCAUUAUUAGCUUAUAGUAGCAUAACCUUGAUCUCUGUCUUCAUCUUCACAUGGCAUUUUCCCUGUGUAUGUGUCAUUGGUGUCUACAUUUCCUCUUUUAAUAAGGAUACCAGUCAUAUUGGAUUAGGGCACAUCCUACUCAGUAUAACCUAAUCUUAACUAAUUACAUGCGUAAUGACCCUAUUUCCAAAUAAGAUCACUUUCUGAGGUACUGGAAUUUAAGACUUCUACAUGUGGAUUCACCUUGUAACAUAAUUCAGUCCAUAACAAUAUGUAAGUAAAAAAUGGAUGUGGACAUUGUUGAGAGUCAUCCUGUAGAUCAUCUACUCAUUUGAGAUCUUCUAUCUCAUAUAGUGAAACAGAGAAAUUAAAGAUUCAGAGGCAACUUUUAUCAGAAGAGGGAUGUUUUCUGUAUGUACCCAAGGUCUCCCAUUGGGAAUCAUCUCCUCGCUGGCUGCCCUAACAUCAACCCUUACCUCAGCCUCAGUUCUCUAGCAUACUCUUUCCCUGAGUCACCUGGGAAAAAUAUCACUUUUAUAUUACCCUCUCCUCAAUAAAUUUUGGUGGCUCCCUGCUAACUGCAUAGUAAAGUCCAAGCUCUCAGAUAUUCCCUUUAGAGUCUUCCACCCACCAAAGCAUACCUGUCAUCUUACUCCUCUCAGUUUUCACACGUACAAAUCCAGUGUUCCAGCCAAACUCAACUUCUCAUCAUUUUCCGAGCAAACCAAAACAUUUUAAAAUUUCUGCACCUUUGUUUAUUAUGACUAUUUUUGAAAGCUCUUUCUUUUACUCAUCCUGUAAGCCUGGCUGAAGUUGCACAUCCUUCACGACAGAGUCACUAUGCGCAUGAGGUGUCUGCCUCUCAUUCCUGUAGCAUGCAUGAUCUGUGAGUCAUUUUGAACUAAUUUUUGUUUGUAUUGUAUUUUUCCUUUACAUAUUUAUGUCUUAUAUGUCUUACCUCCCCACCUGGCUUGUAAACAUCUUGGGAGCAACUAUAUUCUAUUUUGUUAUUCAUAGAGCAAUAUAGGUUAUCAAACAUUAUUGACACAGUUAGGACUGAUUUAUUGUGCAUUUUCUUACCAGUGAGGUACACAGUGGCUGUUUUAUUGUUUCCCUUGAUUUGUUGUGCACCUACAGUUAGUUGCAAAAAUCCUAGUUCACAGAGUUCCACAUUGUCUCAUGUAGAGUUGGGAGUCAAGGGGUUUGGGUCCAUCCUGUUGAACUAGUUCAUUUAGUCCUCAUAGCUUUAGUUACCUUAUCUAUAAAACAAGGAAAUAAUGCCAAUUUAGUUCUAAAGUUACUGUCAGAUCUAAAAUUCUAUAAUUUAAUAGUUUAUAUAUUAUAUCAUUCACAUUGAAAUCUCUAUAUAAAGCUAAUUGGACACUGGAAGCUUUUAUACAGAUACAUAGAUUGAUAGAUUGAUGAGCCUUGUAUUGCUGAUUUAGUUCUUUUUUUCUGUCAAUGCUGACUGACAGUUUAGUGAUCCUCAAUUAUUUGUUUGAUUUUAUAAUUCUGGCUAUAUUGAAAAUAGUCUUGAAGUGACCUAUUGAAAAUAAAAAACAAUUAAAAGGUAAUUUGGAGGUAAUUUCUGUGAUGAUAUGUAAGGAAUUACUAACAGUCAUUAGCCACAGAGAGCAGGGUUGGGGAAAUGAGGGGAAGUGGACUUUUUCACUUUAAUCAGAUUUUAACAGUACACAUUAACUUCACAAUUAAAAAGAAGAAUAAUUAGGCAGUUUGAAGGCCAAUGCUAUUUUUUAGGGAUGGAAUAUCAGGCUGGCAAAAAUCAGGAAUAAGAAAGUAAAAAUGCCUCCUCCCUCCUUCUUAAGAGUUCUUGGAAGCAAGAUGUCUGUGGAGUACAACAAUAGAUUUGUUAGUGUCCUAUCAUAUCACAAUAUUCAAAGUGUUUCUUCAUGAUCCUUAGUAAAGAGACUAGUGUUUUGAAAUUGAAGGGAAAGUAAAACAAGAAACCCAAGAUUAGCAAAACAGUAUGUGAUACUUGGUACCUGAGUUGACUUAAUUACCACAAGUAGAUGAGCACUGAAUAUGACUCUAGAUUCCCUGGAAACUUAGACCAAAAAGAACUAUCUUGGGCUCUAUCCUUUUAAAUGUGUGAUAGAAAAAAAGCACGUAGGUAAAUCUAUGGAAGAAAACUGUCCUUGUAUUGACUGAGAGAGAAAAUCUAUUUUCUUUUAUAAGGGAUAUUAGGGCACAGAAUAAAUCACAUCUUUAUCUACAAUUUUGUAAUAGAUAUACUUCGUUUCAAUGGACAUUUCUUUUAUGGAGGCUCUAGUAGUGCUGAGAGCAUAAUACUGCAUCUUAACACAGGAGGGGUUUUCUUGCAUAGAACAGAAAACAAGGCCCAGGACCUUUGCUUUCUGCUGAUGUAACUUUUGAAGUUGGAAGAAUUAAAAUUUCUGGCUCAUUAAUGUAUCAAUCAGAUUGCCUUGCAACUUCCUUAAAUAUGUCAUUAUGAGAUGAGUAAGCCACGUGAGAUUAGGAGAGGGAAGAACCUCUUAGUUAGGUAUGCCCUCUGUGUGGAGUUCCCACUGGGAAUCAGUCUCUAUUGCAGUAGGAAUGUAUCAGAAAGGCAGAGGACAUAUCCAGAAAGGGUGGCUUCACUAAUUAGGUAAUAGAAGCAAGAGGGGCUGGACCUGAGGAGCAGAACUAUGGUCCCCAGCACCAGGAUAGCAAGUGUUUGGAUGUAAGAAGUUAUCGAGUCCUCUUUUCUGCAGCAAGAUAAUUCAGGGUUCCCAGCACCUUGCCUGUAUAUUGGGGAAGAAGUUAAGGCAGCCCUUGGAAGUUCACAUCAGUUCUAGCUGUUGAAAAUUCAACUGAACAGUGUAAUCCAUUAGAACUAUAACCUGCUAGAAAUUCAGUUUUGGGCCUUAACCAGUCCAGGUUUAAUCGUACCAUCAUAUAAGGGAGUUCCCCAUCCUGGUCCUCAUGAACUAGCCUCUUCUGGCCACCACAGUAUCCUUAGCCAGGAGUGAUGAUUUUAAUGACUCAUCGCCUUUCCAAGGUAGGGGUAUUUCCAUAAACAGGAAUAUGCUCACCUCCUUUUCUUUUUGUUGAUGAUGGGCUGCUUAUACCAGCUUCUGAAGGCCAAUGUAGGAAUUAAAUACUUCUUCACUUGUAUUCUUCCAUUAUCUUGUCCAACAAAUACUCAGUUCAAGAGAUCUCACAUCUUGCUUAAAAGUUACAGGCUUUUUUUUUUUUUUUUAACAUUCAUGUUUCAUUAUUUCUACCAAAGUCAAUGUACAGAAUGAAGGAAACUGACAUUUAUUAAUGUCUCGUCUCUUGCUCUAUAUUAUUUUAGGCAUUUCUUGGCUCAGUGCUUACAAUGUAAGUGCUGUGUACCCAAAUUUACUUUCAUGUAACCCUAGACUUAAGGAUCUUUCCACUAGAGUCCUGUGUUGUCAGAUGCAGGCAAAUUGUCAAGUUCACUGGAUAUGUCUGGUAAAUAGUAUUUAUAAUAGGUUUGAGUUAAUACUGGUUCAGUAGGUUUUGAUUUCCCAAGGAUGACGCUAUGCAAGAGCUCCCUUAAUGUACAAAAUACCUUAGGUAAAUGGCCAUCCCAGGGAUUCAGGCUUGGAUCAGAAUUUAAGGUAAAUGAAUAAAGAUACUGAGUUGUAAUGCCUGGAAAGCAGUUCUGGACAUUUACACACACACACACAAACACAAACACUUCUCUACCUCCCCCCAUCAUACACACACUUAAUAGGAAAUUAGGCACACAAAGCCUUGUCUAGGAAAAUUUAAUCCUUUCAAUAGCUAAAUAAUAAAAAAGGAACUGGCAGACGAUUGGUACACAAAUAUUACUAGGGAAAAAAAAUUUCGCACCAAGCUGGCGGGUAAUCCCCAUGUCGGUGUUAUGUGCUAGCUCGGAAGUGUUUUCUGCCGCUGUCAUGGUUCGUUCGCUAAAACUGCAUCGUCGCUGUGUCCCAGAACAUGGGCAUCGGCAAGAAUGGGGACCUGCCCUGGCCCCCGCUCAGGAAUGAAUACAGGUAUUUCCAAAGAAUGACCACAACCUCUUCAGUAGAAGGUAAACAGAAUUUGGUGAUUAUGGGUAGGAAAACCUGGUUCUCCUUUCCAGAGAAGAAUCGACCUUUAAAGAACAGAAUUAAUAUAGUUCUCAGUAGAGAACUCAAGGAACCUCCACAGGGAGUGCGUUUUCUUGCCAAAAGUCUGGAUGAUACCUUAAAACUCACUGAGCAACCAGUUAACAAAGUGGACAUGGUUUGGAUAGUGGGAGGCAGUUCUGUUUACAAGGAAGCCAGGAGCAAGCCAGGCCAUCUUAGUCUAUUUGUGACAAGGAUCAUGCAGGAAUUUGAAGGUGACACAACUUUUCCAGAAAUUGAUUUGGAAAAAUAUAAAUUCCUCCCAGAAUAUCCAGGGGUUCCUUCUGAUGUCCAGGAGGAGAAAGGCGUUAAGCACAAAUUUGAAGUAUAUGAAAAGAGCAAUUAAUGUGAAAACGUUUUCUGAUCUAUUUCAAACCUCCUUCUCCCCUCCCAAAAAAAAUUAUCUAUUUUUUCUUGUAGAGACUUUUGUUGACUUUAGAUCUGUGUAUAAUUAUUUCUAAACAAAGUACUCUUAUUCCACAUCAAUCUUAACUAGACUGUGUCAGAUACCAUUUGUGAAGCAUUUCUUGCUGUAACUGCCUGAAUGCCCAUCAAGGGUCAAGAAUAGGUUACCAGCACCCGCCUAGGAUAGAAUAUCUACCAAGACAGCCCAAAGUGGGAGAGUCCCCUGGUAGCAUGAGUUGAAACCAAAGCCUGUAGAGCUAGCUAGGAGCUAGGCAGUUGGAUCCACAGGUCAGAAAUGGAUUAUAAACAGAAGAGCUAGCAUUCAGUUAUUAAAGUUAGGUCAAAAGAGGGACUGUGAAUUACCUUAUAUAUCACACUUCUGGAAAAAAUUUUGUUCACUUAGACUGGGAAUGAAUAAGUUGAAAACUCCAGGAUAUUCCACAGGGAUAGUAAAGAGGCAGGUAUGAGACUACCUUUUUGGUGGUUAAAGGAGGUGGUCUGAGACCUUAAAAGACUUUGUUUCUGAUCUUCAGUGAGAUCCCAUGGGAUGUUACAAUGACAAAAAAAGAAUUGGCUGCUCUUUACAAAAAAGAAUAAUCUAAUAUCAAGCAUGAUGGCUAAAAUUAAAAAUUCAAAGAGGUAAUAAAUUGAGAAUGAAUAUGCUAGAAACCAAAAUUAGUAAGUUAGAAACUAAACUUCACAAAAUUAAAAAAUGAAAAUUAAAACAUUUUACCCAUCACAUUAGCAAAGAUUUAGAUUAAGUAUCCCCCCCAAUAAGUAUCCCCCCCAAUAUGCCUUAUAAAUUGGUACAACUUUUUAGAGUGUAAGUUAGCAAUAUCAAUUAAAAUUCAAAAUAUUCUGGGUUUGGACCCAGAACUUCCACUUCUAGAAAUUAAUCCUGAGCAAAGAAAUGGACCCAAGAGUAUUUGUUGCAACUUUUUUUUUUUCAAACUUGAAAACAGCCCAAAUGUUGAUUAAUAAGAAAUAAUUAACCAAUAUGUCUGUAAAAUGUAACAUCUGCAGCAGUUAGAAAGAAUGAAGUACUGACAGAAAAAUGCCAAAAAUUACUACGUAAAAGAAGCAAAUUGUUUAUAAUACUCAAAAUGUUUAAUAAAUGUUCAUGUGUGGGAAAAAG